GGAAAGAAUCAUCUCCAUGGAAACGGCUCCCGGACGUGAAGCUUGCUAGUUUAUUACACGAGCAAAUCAAUCCCACUCACCCGUUAGCUAGCUAACGUUACCUAACUGCUGGAUCAGAAGCUUAUCUGCAUCGUAGCAUUGUUUUAUACCGGAUCGCAUUACCACUUUUUACUCUGCAGUUAUGAGCCGGACUCCGGAUGCAAGGGCAAGAGACAGCCAGACCAGACAGAUCCAGGAGAACAUCACCAACACGGAGAAGCACUUUGGAGAGAUGUGCCAACUGUUCGCCGCAUACGUGCGUAAAACGGCGAGGUUACGGGACAAGGCAGACCUACUGGUCAGAGAGAUCAGCAUCUAUGCGGAGACAGAAACGCCAAAUCUGCAGAGGGGUAUGAAACAGUUUGCAGACAACCUUGCCAAAGUUCAGGAUUAUCGUCAAGCAGAGGUGGAGAGGCUUGAAGCCAAAGUGGUAGAGCCUUUGAAAAGCUAUGGAAGUGUUGUUAAACUUAAAAGGGAGGACCUGAAGACCAGUCAGAGUGCCAGGAACAGGGAGUCUAAACAGAUGCAGCAGCUGGAGAGAAUGAGACAGAGAAACCCCUCUGACAGACAGAUCAUUUCCCAGGCUGAAAGCGACCUGCAGAGAGCCACGAUGGACGCCACGCGCACGACACGACAACUGGAGGAAACAAUAGACGCGUUUGAAAAACAGAAAAUACAAGAUAUCAAGAAGAUCUUUGGGGAGUUUUUGACGGUGGAGAUGUCGUUCCAUGCUAAGGCGUUGGAGGCGUACACCACAGCUUACCAGAGCAUACACAACGUAGACGAAGAGGGGGAUCUGGAGGUAUUCAGGAGCUUGCUGCACCCCCCUGACUACCAGUCUCGCUUAGAAAUAGUGCGUGCUAAUUCCAAAACAUCACUCAAUCUGACUGCGUCUACCCUGAGUAAAACGGGGACCUUACAGCAAUCACUGACCCCGAGCAGACAGAGGAGAGAGGAGGAGGAGGAGGGAGAUGACGAAGAUGUGGAUGAUGAAGAGGAAGAUGAUGAUCUUGAAGAAGUCACAGAUGAUGAAUGAAUUGGAAAUCUGUUUUGAUUAGUAUCUUUUCAUUUGUGAUGGGAGGAGGUUUUCUAGGAAAUAGUGUGUUCUUUAUGGCCAUGAAAUGAUGUCCUCAACAGGGUAUGGCCCAUAGGGCUCUGGUCAAAAGUAAGUGCACUAUAUAGGGAAUAGGGUGCCACUUGUGGACACAGGAUAAUAUUCACGUAAAGUGUUUUUAACCCAGCAGUUGUACAUGGUCGUUAUUAUUUCCAAUUCUGGAGCUGAAAUAAUUGCUAUGUUAUUUGUUUAUCUAUUUCAUUGACCAAAGGGAUGGUGGGAUAUCAAUGUCUUUUUCAUGUGGCAGUAUUAAUGUCUAAUUGUAUUUGUGUAUAACAAAGUGCCAAAUCUGUAUUUGUUUUGUGUGGCAAUGUUGCCUCUAUUGUAUAAACUUUCCAGAAUAGAAAAACUGUUGUUUUUAUGGAAUAAACUCUUGCCAGUGGACUCAACAAUGGAAUUUAUAAAUUGUUCAGAAUCUUCAAUGUCUUGUUUUUGCCAUGUAGACUUAUUGGCACCAUGUGUUGAAUGAUACACAGUCACAAUGGUGAUAACAGGAGGGUUUAGUUGAAACUGACUCACACUGGUCAUAAUGAUGAUGAUGGUGGAUUAGAAAUGGUCAUGCCAAUGCAGUGAUAUUAAAUAACCCUCUACAUACUGUU